AACAAUAAACCAGCUAUGCAUGCUCAGUUCAAAGUUUAUUUUUAGUUUACUCGAAUCAACUUGUGUUAAUUGUAAAUAAUGUUCAUUAUUCAAGUUUUUCUAUUUACAAUUUGCUCAUUUGUUUUAUUUUUGGCUGCAUAUAAUCAUUACUAUAUGCAAAAUGGCAUAGUGACAAAACGGGGAGCUGGAUUACUAGUUUUUCGUCGAUUUGAUUCGCAAAUCGAAUAUCUACUGUUGAAAGCUUCAAAAGGUUCACCACCAAAACACUGGUCGCCACCAAAAGGUCAUAUGGAUCCAGGUGAAGAUGAUUUCACCGCUGCAUUGCGAGAAACAAGAGAAGAGGCCGGUUACACGGCCGAUGAUCUGAACAUUUACAAAAACGAACAAAAAACCAUCAACUAUAACGGCAAUGGGAAACAUAAGAUAGUUACCUUCUGGCUUGCCGAACUUGAAGAUCCCAAAAAAGUUCCAACACUCUCUAAAGAACACACAGAAUUUAAGUGGUUGCCCAAAGAUGAUGCGACAUCAUUGGUUGGCAAUUCAAAUUUUACUGAUAUUGUUACAUAUUUCCAUGAUAAAAUUGAAAAGCUGUAGCCUAGCUCAAAGAAUUUUAAAAGAUAUGAUAAGAAGCUUUAAGAAGCAAU